GCCCCCACAGCGGCCCCUGCCCCCACAGCGGCCCCUGCCCGUUGUCCUGCACGUGUGUCUACUCCUGGCCCUCUCCUUGUCCUUGCCCCUGUCCCUGCCUCUGCCAUCCGUGCCGCUGCCCAUCCCUACCCCUAAUGCUGCUCCUGUCCCUGCCCCCUCCACUGUUCCCGUUCCUGCCUCUGCCUCUGUCCCUGUCGCUGCUCCAGCGCCGCCCCUGCCCUUUUCCUGCCGUUGCCUCUGUACCUGUCUCUGCCACUGCCCCUGUCCCGUCCCCUCCCCUGCCCCUGCCUCUUCCGUGCCGGUGGAGGGCCGGUCACCUCCUUGCAGGCACGGCACUGGCAAACUACUCGUGUAUGUGUGUGUAUUUGUAUAUAUAUGCGGAUGAUCAGUGCUAAGAGCUCCUGGGGUGCUGUGUGGUUGUCAAGAACUUGGAUCUCGUCUGGGAAUGGAAGUUAGCUGAAAGUGAGGCCAUACCUUUGCAGUGGUAAUACACCCGUGAAAUUAAAAUGUGCUCUAGUUGUAGCCCUAAUUUCUCGCCCGUAAGUUGGUUAUUUAGCUCUUCCUCCAAACAGGAGGCACCGAGCGGUUCUUUGGAGCCGUAGGUAUAAAGUCUGCUAGCAAGUUUGUGCAAGGAAAAGGUUAGGUUAAAUGGAGGGGAGGGGGGAAGCUUCUUGCCGCGGGACGAUUAUUUAACAAAGGGAUUACUGCUGUGGUGUAAAUGGAUAAUACUUACAUGUUGGUCAUAACAAGUCUCCUUAUGGGAUAUAAGAACAAAAAUAGUGGGUUUCACUCAAUCAUUUCUUUGUAGGAAUCAAAUGUUUUUCUGUGUAUAAUGCUAAGGUCUAUGAAAUCAGUCCCUGUUACAUGGGAUGAUAAAAGUAAAAAAUAUAAAAUGAGAGAACUUCCAAGAAUAGAUAUAAAUCUAGCACCCUUUUGAGAUUAUCAGUAAUAAAGCCAAAGUCCAAUGAGUCCCUUCUGAGAUAGGGUCCUGCAGACUUGGACUGAUGCAUAUGUGUAAGACUGGACUAAGGAAUACCAUGUGAAUGCUCUUUUUCUUUCCUAAGUCUACAUUUCUUGGUGUGUUUCAGGCUAAGAAACACAACGUUUUUCUCAGUUUUUGCAUUUUGGAUCAACACAAAGAGACAGAAUUAAUGCCCUCCUCCUGUUUUCCUUCUCUUGACUCAUGAGAUUUGCUUUGAAAAGAUAUGUGAUGCAAAUGAAGAUCCAAAUAAAUGGUAGAUGAGUGGUUCUGCUGCCAUUUUACACAUCACUGUAAUACCUAGAACUGACCUCUUCCUUCACCACGUGGGACUUCGUUCACUGAUACAGUAUUCUUCCUUCACUACACUUCACUGAUACGCUGAGAUUGAUACAUUCCCUCACUACCCCGGGCUUUCCUUGACCGGUCCGGACUGCAACCAUCACUUUGACAAGACUGGGACUCUAACCACCAGGAAGACCCCAAGAAGAGGAUCAACGGGACGCCAUUGGAACCCACAGAGUGGUGAUAUUUUUUCUACUUAAUCUGUCUCUCUGUUACUCUCUCUCCCCACUCCACCCUCACUCUCUCUUCCCUAUUCCUUUAUAUCUCUCUCUACCUCACAUUUACUGUUAAAUAAAAAUCUCUACUAUUGCCUUCGGCAUAUGGCCUUGUUUGCAGCUUAAUUUUGUCAGAGGCAUCUCUCUAAUGAUUUUAAAGAACCUGAUCAUAACAAGGUGAUAUCAUAACUGAUUUUAUUUUUAUAAGAUAUUCAGGCAAGUUUUACAUAAAAGAAAACUUUCUCAUAUUUUCUCCUUUGUCCAUAAUCUUGGUGGAAAAUUACCUGCCCUUUAAGGUGUUUGCAUUUAGGGCUUUUCGUUCUUUCUUUUGAGUUGUGUCCUUUAGGAUUGGCCAAGAUUUCAGGUAUUUUCCAGAUAUAAAUUUCCUAAUUGUCCUUGUGGUUCUGCUGUUUUACAGUUUGUAGAAUUUAAUUUACAGUGGUAUAAACAUGAUUUUUUUUCAUACGAAGUACAGACUGUUCUGAAGUUGAUGCAGAUAUGGAUGAUAUGAAAUUUCAUCUUUUUUUCAAAAUAUUGCAUAACUUUAAAGUACACAAUCAUAGAUAUAUCUAAUAUUAGCUAAGUUUGAUUUUGCUUAGUGGCAGCUUGAUAGAGAAUAGGGGAAAUAUUUUGAAUUGAUAAAAAGUGUUCCUAGGAAUGCUAGGUUGUUUAAUUAGUUGGUGCUGUAAUGAAUAUGUAUUCACAUAAUAUGUGUAUUCACAUACGUAUUCACAUAUAGUGUGUUUGUGUCUGAUUUUGUCUUUCUAAAGUACAUGACCUGGUAUACAUUGGUCCCCUUAUAUGCUGCUCUAAAUUGAGCUCUUUGAAUGUCAGGCUCUACUAGCUCCCCUCAAGUCAAUUACAUAAUUUUUCCAUUCUUUGGACACUCUAUGUUCUGACACCUAGUGUAACACCAGGUUAACUUGACAGUCUGCUUUCUAUUUUUCCAUCAUCACUUUUGAAGUCUGUGACAAGUCAUUUAUUUAAUGAUUAAGCAGUCUUUUAAAAGCCAAAAUCUUAUCUAUUUUUUGUAGGGGGAUGGGGGAAGAGAAAAAAAUUAUUUAUAAUAAUGGCCUGUCUUCAUUCUGUUUUGUUAUUGCUAGUAACCUUUGGCCAGACUACAAGAGCAGGUGUUUUGUUAAUUUAAAAUAUUUUCAUCCCUUAGCUUUAAUUCAGCUGCAAUUCCUUUGUCCUUGCUGGGUUUCAGGUUUCUGUCCUUCUGGAGAAAGCCAGUCCUGAAAAAUCAAGAGAAGGUCAAGCAGAAGCCACUGACUGUCCCCUUGUCCUAUAAAUCCAUCAGUUGUCAACCACAGAGGGUAGCUUCUACUGAUAUUUCUUUCAUUUAUCUUAUGGAAUUCCAUUUCCCUCACCCGGAUUUCUUCCAUGUGUGCCCAGACACCUGCCUUGGUUUCCAAAGUAAAUGCUAUUAUUUUUCUGAGGCUGAGGGCAAUUGGAUCAUCAGUUAUGAAACCUGCAAGGCCCUGGGAGCUUCACUGGCCAUCAUAAGCACCAUGGAUGAACUGAUAAGAUCUGUGCUUGAAUCUCUGUGCCAGCACCCGGACAGGAAACAUGAAAGCAAAACCAAUAAAAUUUUCAUUAUAUGCUAUAAGGGCAAAGCAAACCACAGCUUGCAAAAGAGGAACAGCAAGUAGUGGUGGACAGAUAGCACAGCCUUCAACAGCAGAGGAGGUUAUGCCUCAGCAUCUGGCUUGUUCCCACUGGGUGAGGCAGGAGCAGCUGUAUACGUGGAACCCCAAAAAUGGAGGAAAUGAGAGACUAUUCCAGAUUUUUGGGCAUGGAGAGGAGCAAGAGGGCAGGUCACAGCCUGGACAUGAAGCCGGAGGCACGUGUCGCCUGCCAGGUGAUGCUGGCAGCACUCUUCACGGCUCUGCUUGUCACAGCCAUCACUUUUGCAGUGCAGGCUUUUCAGCCUCAUCCCCAGCCCUACUUUCAAUGCCCCUUCGACUGGAUCAGAUAUAGAGGAAAAUGCUACUAUUUUUCGGAGGCUGCAGGGAACUGGACAUCCAGCCAGGACAACUGCUCAGCACUUGGUGCUUCCUUGGCCAUCCUGGACAGCAUGGAAGACUUGAGCUUUGUGAUGAGAUAUAAAGGCAUUUCAGAGCAUUGGAUUGGCCUUUUGCGGAAAGAUGAGGAACAGCCAUGGCAAUGGGUGAACCACUCACUUUUAUCACGCUUGUUUCAAAUCCGUGGUGGUGGGCUCUGCGCUUACCUGGAUGACAACGGGCUCAGCUCCUCCUACUGCAGCACUGAGAGGAGCUGGAUUUGUAAUAAACCUGAGCUGCAGAGCUCAGGCAAGGGCAAUGGGAUGAGACGGGCUAAAAACCUCUGUGUCAGCUCCUUGGGUGCUGAAGGGAGGGCUUCUCACACUCAGAUACCUGCUGCACCAAACCUCAAAAAGGCUUUGAAUCCCCUGCAUGAGGGGUUCUUGAGGGUACCAGGGGACCAACAAGGUGUUGAUGGGAAAGGGCAACCUUUGGAGACCCACGUAGGGCAGUCCUAGGGGAUCCUGGGGGCUAGGGCAGCCUUGGGGGGGUCUUUUUAGGUCUAGGGCAACUUGGUGAGAGGUCAAAUGCAGACACCUCCUGCUUCUUAGAAAAGAAAAUUUAUUAUAUUCUGAGCACAUUUAUAUAAAUUGCAUGUUAAUUACUUGGAAAUACAUCCUGAGCAUAGAGAGGGAAAGAGUGGGUGAAGUGA